GCUGUGGAUCAGUUGCUGUGUGUUGAACUUCCGCGAGAGUCCAUGUAAAUCGUACCAUUCUUUUAAAACUGAUCCUAAGCAGCUGCACAGAGUCCCAGCACACCGCCAGCGAGCACCCCAGUCACUCUGUGUCCGAAUUACAAUGCAGUGCGUCCGGGCUUGGAGAAGUCUGAACUACCUGUGCAGGGUAGCUCACCGCAGAGCAUGGAAACGAUCCCAGAGCCACACAGCAGCUGCCAGGCUGGACCUCAGCGGGAUUUAUCCGCCUAUUGCCACCCCGUUCAACGCCAAGGAGGACGUAGACUAUCAGAAACUGGAGGAAAACCUGCAGAAAUACGCCAAGAUCCCAUUUAAAGGUCUGGUGGUUCAGGGCUCCAAUGGUGAGUAUCCUUAUCUGACGGUGGAGGAGCGGGUGGAGGUGGUGAGGAUGGUCAAACAAUCACUGCCGGCGGGGAGGCUGCUGAUAGCCGGAUCAGGCUGUGAAUCCACCAGAGCCACGAUCCAGCUCACGCAGAAGAUGGCAGCAGCCGGAGCCGACGCUGUGCUUGUGGUAACACCCUGCUUCUACAAGGGGAAGAUGGACAGCCGGGCGCUGAUCCAUCACUUCACAAAGCUGGCGGACAGCAGCCCGGUGCCGGUGGUUCUCUACAGCGUGCCGGCAAACACGGGGCUGGAGCUGCCACUGGACGCUGUGGUGGAGCUUUCUCAGCACCCAAACAUCCUAGGUGUUAAAGACAGUGGGGGAGAUAUCACACGGAUCGGCCUGAUUGUCCAUAAAACCAAGGCGCAGGAUUUCCAGGUUUUAGCGGGCUCGGCUGGGUUUUUAAUGGCAGCCUAUUGUGUGGGUGCUAUCGGUGGAGUGUGUGCGCUGGCUAAUGUGCUGGGCCAGGAGCUAUGUGAGUUGGAGCGUCUGUGUGUGUCCGGGCGUUGGGAGGAAGCCAGAGUCCUGCAGCAGCGCCUUAUCGAGCCCAAUGCCGCUGUGACUAGGAAGCUGGGAGUUCCCGCUCUGAAGCAGGCGAUGGAGUGGUUUGGUUUCCACGGUGGCUCCUGUCGAUCACCUCUUCAGCCGCUCACAGAGGCCGAGAGUCAGCAACUGAGGCGGGACUUCUCCUCCAAUGGGUGGCUGUAAAGUGACCUUGGCGGAGCGAGAGUGCAUGUGUGAGCGAGGUCACUAUGUGUGGACCUAUUAGCUGAUGGUGUAAUUAUAUCAUGAAGGGAAAACACAGCUGCACAUGAAAAUAAAUAAAUAAAUAAAUAUUCAGUUCUUUC